UAAUCCACCUCUAGCUAGAAUCAAAACACUUGCAAUGUUACGAAAUUUUUCCACGCAGCUCGGAAAAUGCGUUUUUCAGUUGCAGCCUGUUCGCGAAAUGGCGGGCCAUUCAAAGUGGGCCAACAUAAAGCACACAAAGGCUCUGAAAGAUGGAGCUAGGGCGGCAUUAUUUGCAAAGAUUUCUAGGCAAAUCCGCAUGGCCAUACAGGAGGGCAACUCCGCUGAUCCGGCCAUCAAUUCCCUCUUGCGCACGGAGAUAGAAAGAGCCCUCAAGCAGAACAUGCCCAGCGGAACCAUACAAAACACUUUGAAUAAAUUUAAAUCCAGCAAAAUGCAGCUCAAAAAGUACCGGCUCGACAUCAGGUACAAAAGAAGCGUAUACUUGAUAUGCAUUUUCUACACGGACAACUUUUCGGGGGUCAAGAUGGAUGCGACGCCAAUGAUUAAGAAGGCCGGGGGGGAAUUUAUGGAUGUUGGCAAUCUGUUUGAGGACUUUGGCUUGAUAGAAGCUCGGUUUGAUACAUCAAAACUCCUCAAAGGGUCCAGUUUGGAAGAUAAGGCCACUAAUGAUGCUAUAGAACUUGGUGCUGAAGAGAUCGAAGUAGUUGACAAUGCCGAAGGAUCAGUUAAUUUCCUAUGCAGUCCUGUUGUUUUACCUAGUCUAAGUAGAAACCUGGAGAAAGCUGGAUACACCGUUGACAGCAGUGAACACAUAUUUUCUCCUAUGAAUGUUGUGCAAUUAUCCCCGGAAGACCAAAAGGCGUAUGAUGUGUUCAUAGAAAAACUAAGAAACAUACCAGGCUUAGAGGAUAUCUAUGACAAUGUUGAACAAAAAUAACUUGUUGAAUAAAACAGAAAAAUAGGCAAUAUUAAAAAAAUUCAGUUAAUUUUAACAUCUGUUAAAAACUAUGUUAAGUUUUCAGUGUUCCAUGACCAAUGUUCCUAACACAACGAAAUCCCGCUCUGUUAUUCAAAGCCUUAUGUAAACACGCUGAAUACCCCUAACGAACCACAGCUGUUGUGUGAACGCAAACCAAUUCAUGUGCAAGUCAAAAUCGUUGGUCAAAAUAAAAUAGCAGACUUUAAAUA